UACUAUAUAUACCAGCCGAUGCCUACAUGCUUGCACAAAGCCUUCAGUCCAAAAGCUUUCAACAAAGAGAGCACCUAACAGUGCAAAACAGACUGCUCUCUCUCAAAGGUUCAACAAUGGCUGAUGAUGAUAAUGCCCCCAUGCCAAUGGCUCCAAAGGUCGAACACACCAAGGGAAAGCCCAAGUCCAAGAUCUCAUCCUCCCGCAAGGUGUCACUGAAGAUCCUCCUAUUGUCACGUGCAUUAGAGGAGCUGGAGGCAGAGAAACAAGCCAGAGAGGAGGAGAAGGUUCGCUACCUGGGGGAGCAGCUCCCGCCCCUGCAGGUGUCUGGCCUGUCUUUGGAGGAGCUGCAGAAACUGUGUAAGCAGCUCCAUACCAGGAUUGACCAAGUGGAUGAGGAGCGCUAUGACUGUGAGGCCAAGGUCUACAAGAACGGCAAAGACAUCCACGAGUUGAAGCUGAAGGUGAUGGACAUGGGGGGUAAGUUUAAGAAGCCAGCUCUGAGGAAGGUCAGAGUAUCCGCAGAAGAGAUGAUGAGAGCACUGCUGGGCACCAAACACAAAGAACAUAUGGACCUCAGAUCCAACCUUAAGUCUGUUAAGAAAGAGGACAUCAAACAGGAGAAGGAGGGCAACCUGGAAGUGGGAGACUGGAGGAAGAACGUGGAGGCCAUGUCUGGCAUGGAGGGCAGGAAGAAGAUGUUCGAUGCUGGCGGUGGCCAAUAAGGUGGUUCCUCACCACAUGGGGGUGGGGACACAGACUUCCAUGACACUGAGGGGUAAAAAAAAAUGUUGGAGAGAGAAGAGAGAGAGUGGAGAUAGUGAGAGGGACUGGGAAAACCUGUGUCCAUGACUGAACUAAAGGUCCACAACUCAGGUCCUAAACCAGGGCUUUAAGACACCACACUUCACACUUCUGAGUCUCUGUGUCAAAGGUAUUACUGCUGUAGAGCUCUAGUUGCCUGCUGCAGGUUAUAGCGUAGCUACAAAAGUGCCUAUCUAUCAAAUCACGACUGUAUUUAGUCUAACCAAUGUUCUCUCAAGUAGUAUCUUUAAAAAAAAAUCAAGUUUAAGGAAUGUGAAUAUACAAAACUGCCCAAUGUUAUUUGUAAAAAGUCAGAAACUUGUAAAUAGUGUGUUGACUUAGCCUACACAUACUGACUUGUAUGUAGUAACAUAGCCAAAGGAAAUGACAUAACCAAAAACAUAUUAAAAAUCACUGUAAUUCAAAAACC